CAAAUUAAAGAAAGAGAUUAUAAUGUCGUUAUUUGCCAGGGUUGUAGUUGGAGAAGGAGGUGGAAAAUGGAUAGGACUAGUAACCGCCAUAUGGGUUCAAGCAAUAUGUGGAAACAACUACACUUUCGCCAACUACUCCGAUGUUUUGAAGUCCCUAAUGUCUCUAACACAGAUGCAACUCAACAAUCUCUCUGUUGCUAAGGAUGUUGGCAAGGCCUUUGGUCUUCUCUCUGGUCUUGCUUCUCAUCACUUCUCUACUUCACUUAUUCUCAUUAUUGGAGCCACCAUGGGAUUCAUUGGUUAUGGUCUUCAAUACCUUGUUGUCAGCCAAACAAUUACUCCACUCCCUUAUUGGCUCAUGUGUGUAUUCUUGUGUAUGGGGGGAAACAGCACAACAUGGAUGAACACAGCAGUUCUUGUUACUUGUAUGAGGAACUUCCCGAAGAACAGAGGACCAAUUUCUGGGAUUCUAAAGGGUUAUGUUGGACUCAGCACUGCAAUCUUCACUGACAUAUGUUCUGCGUUGUUCUCCUCAGACCCUUCCAAGUUUCUGCUAAUGCUUACCAUUGUUCCUGCCGUCAUUUGCUGCAUUGCUGCUGUUUUCCUUCGCGAAACGCCGCCAGCUUCCACUUAUGCUCAAGAGAAGAAAGAAGCUCAGUUCCUCAACACAUUCAACUUCAUUGCUGUCAUGGUAGCUGUUUAUCUUUUAGCCUUUGAUGUUAGCGGAAUUCAUGGCCAUGUUUUUUCCUUGAUAUUCACAGCUGGGCUUCUUAUCCUAUUGGUCAUGCCGCUUCUUGUGCCUUUGUAUGUGAUCAUCUUCAAUAGUACUGAUCUAGACGAAGAACAACAGAUUCAUGAAGCGUUGCUUGAUGGGGACAAGAAGGUGGAGGAAGUUGAAAUUAUAAAACAAAAGCCUGUUAUAGGGGAGGAACAUAGCAUAGUUGAAAUGAUGAGAACCAUUGAAUUUUGGAUCAUGUUUGUGUCUUUCCUUUGUGGAGUAGGAACAGGAAUGUGUGUGAUGAACAACAUGGGGCAGAUGGGAGAAGCACUUGGUUACUCCGAUGUUUCAAUCUUCAUUUCCUUCAUUAGCAUAUGGGGUUUCUUCGGACGCAUUGUUUCUGGCUCGCUCUCAGAAUACUACAUCAGAAAAUCAGGGAUGCCAAGGCUAGUUUGGAAUGCAGGUGCACAAAUCCUUAUGAGUAUAGGGUACAUUGCAUUGGCUAUGGCAUUGCCAGGGUCACUAUACAUAGGUUCAAUGGUAGUGGGAAUAUGCUAUGGAGUUUACUUUACAAUAACACCAGCAGCAGCUUCAGAGUUAUUUGGGCUUAAAUACUAUGGCAUAGUAUACAACAUUCUAAUUCUGAACCUUCCUAUUGGCUCAUUCAUCUUCUCUGGCCUCAUUGCUGGCUACCUAUAUGAUGUUGAAGCGACAAGUGUGCCUGGUGGGGGCAACACUUGCAUUGGUGCAAAUUGUUAUAGGCUUGUUUAUCUCAUUAUGGCUUUUGCUUCUCUAUUUGGCUGUGUCUUGGAUGUGCUGCUUGCUGUUAGAACAAAUAAGGUUUAUUACAACAUCUAUCAAGACACAAGAAGCCUUGUCAAUUCAAUCCAAUAGCGCACGACAUGCUCAAUGCUUUAGGGUUUUAUCACUUUAUGUUAAAACACUUGCAAAAUUGUCGAUAUAUGUAUCAUUUGAUAAUAUU